AUGUCCGCAGCCGAAAUACUAGUGCCUGCAAAAUUUAUAAGCCAGAUGGUCCAAUUAAUCAUAACAUGCGUUAUAUAUCAAUCCUAAGUAUCAAAUUUUAAUUAAAAUUAGUAUGAAAAUCUACUUAAUUUUCCAAAUGAUCAACUAGCUGAAGCUUCGUAAUAUUAUACGUUAUUAAAACAAGUUUAUAAGCUGGGGUCACACUUUCAGUAAUAUUUUUAGCUGUUGAAAUGAUUAUACUUGCCACAGGAUGGACGAUGAAUUUCGAGAAAACUAUGUUAACAUGUAAAUAAACAUUAAUUUUAUUUAGAAAUAAUAUUGCAUUCUCUAGGUUCUGUUAUUUUAGCAUGGUUUAUUCUGGAUUCUUGGGAUUAUAAUUACAUUUGGGCUAUUUUUAGUUUGUUUUGUCUGCUUCCUCUACUGUUAGAAUUUAUUAUCAUAGGAAAUGCUAUUUUAUUUCGUAGGUCUAUAAUUCGUUUAAAAAAUUGA